AGCAGGAGAUAUAGUGUGAGGUGUGAGGGAGCCCGACCCAGUGUGGUGAGCCCGGGCGGUCCCCACCAUGGCGCGCUCCCUCACAACCUUGUACAAAACAUUGUGUAUAAUUGAAGAAACUGUGGUCAGAUUAACUCAAAACUUAUUCCCACAAGGGCCUCAUCCAAGACUAAUAUUGGCAGUAGAUCAAAAUGUGUGUGUGCACCGUAAUCCAGUCAGUCAUCCCAAGAAUGCACUGGAAGACUUAAUAGGGGAUGGGUUUCUCUGGGCUGUACCUAAGCAUCGAAGGAGCCGAGAAAGGAGGCUUAUAAGAAAAUUUGGGUUAGAAACUGGGCACAAGAAAUUAUUGCCAAUACUCAAACUUCUCACCUGUGAUAACUGCGGUCAUGUACACGAGCCUGGUCGAUUGUGUCCUAAUUGCUAUGCUAAGAACAAAGAGGUGACGGAGGCCAUGCAGGCAGCUAUGAAUUCUGCUCAGGGGCUUAAUCCUAUUGAACAUGAGGUCCUUCCAGUCUUCAUAGGAGAAAAAGUUAACACACAGGAUGGAUUUUAUCAGGGAAAGCGGGUCGUUGAAGUUCCAAGGGAAUGCCCGCAGUGGUUCUCUCGUAGACUGACCAAGAAGUCUAAUAUCACCACUUCCUCGGCCACUUCAAUUGUCAAGCCAACAAAUUUAGCUUAAAUGCUUCAUUGAAUUUAUUUGGAGAGUUUGUAGCAUUUUAGAAAAUCUUUAUACUUGGAAUUAAGUAUUGUAUGAAUAAUAAUUUCAAAAUUAGUUAAUAUCAUUAAAGCUUGGUCAGAUCUUUCAUAUAUACCAGAUCUUUAUUUUGUCAUUUGAAAUGUGGUUGUCUUUUAUAAAUUUGGCUCGCUGAAAUGUAAUACUGACCUUCAAUAUAUGCAAUCAUAACAUUCAAAAUUAAUUCAUAAUCAUUCCAGAAUACCUCUAUAAAAAUGCUUUUCUGCAGUAGUGUAAUUCUUACCAAUCCAUCAAUGAGAAGACUAUUUUAAUCAAUGCAUAUUAUUGUGUGAAUAUAUAAAAGUACUGUACUGUACUUCACUGCACUGUAUAAAAAGUUUGUCGACAAAUGUAGUUACAGUGAUGUGUAAAUAAAUGGAUUUCUCAAGUU